CCAGGUACCCGGCAUUCUUAUCAGCGGUUGCUUAUACAAGCGUUUUGGUCGCAAGCCUACUAUCAUGGGUUUCUAUUUAGGAAGCGCUGUAUGCAGUGGCCUUUUGGUUAUACCAAAUGAAUGGUUCUACUUGAAGCUUAUCGCUAGUGCUAUGGCUAUUACUUGCUCAGUCGGAGCAUUUACAAUUAUGUACACGUUCACCUCAGAACUGUUCCCAACUUUAACAAGGAAUAUGGCGAUGGGUGCAUCUUCUACCGCAUCGAGAGUUGGCUCCAUGAUUGCACCGUUUGUGGUUGGCCUGAACCAGCUUCCUUGGCUACCACCAGUCGUAUUUGCAGUGAUACCACUGCUAGCAGCGGCGGUAUGUUGUUACCUCCCAGAAACGAAAGGUAUGAAGCUCAUGGACAGGAUGGAGAAUGAACAAUAGAAAAUGCAGCAAAAGUUUGCCUAAUGCAACAAAAUUACAAAAUACAGAAUAGGGAUGAUGACUGGGUAAAAAAAAUGCAAUUCUAUUUAGUCCGUCAGUCAGAUAAUAGAAAAAUAUUAGUUACGUAUUUUUU